UCGCCUCUCCCGCAAGUGACUGGUUCACCGGUGUGACAGCUCUCGGAUUUUACUGGCGUCUUCUUUUGCCUACAUAGACCGCUUUGUCUAGCGGGGCCAUCAUGCCCCAUAGCUUUACAGUAGUCCCUGUGGAGCAGCAGGACGGUACUGGGGACAUAGUGCAAGAGGCACCAGGACAAGAGGAGGAGGAGGGCAACGGGGCAGGAGGGAGGUUCGCGGAGUACAGCAGCGAUGAGUACUCAUUGGGAGAUGGAAACCCCAGAGAAAACAGCCCUUUUAUUCACAGUGGAGAUAUGGACAGAGCAAACUAUUAUGAAGGAAAAAAUAUGGCCCUUUUUGAGGAGGAAAUGGAUAGCAACCCCAUGGUGUCAUCCUUGCUCAAUAAACUUGCAAAUUAUACAAAUUUACCACAGGGAGUCGUAGAACAUGAAGCAUAUGAAGACAGCAAAAGGAAGGAAUACAAGGAAACACGAAUGGGUACUUUUAUAGGGGUGUACCUACCUUGCUUACAAAAUAUCCUUGGUGUUAUACUUUUUCUCCGUUUGACAUGGAUUGUGGGAACAGCCGGAGUUCUUGAAUCUUUCUUCAUUGUCCUCAUGUGCUGCACAUGUACUAUCCUGACUGCUAUAUCCAUGAGUGCAAUUGCAACCAAUGGCGUUGUGCCAGCUGGUGGCUCAUAUUAUAUGAUUUCAAGAUCUUUAGGCCCUGAGUUUGGUGGAGCUGUGGGACUUUGCUUUUACUUAGGUACAACCUUUGCUGGGUCAAUGUAUAUUCUUGGUACAAUUGAAAUUUUAUUGACUUAUAUUUCGCCAAAUGCAGCCAUCUUUAAAAUGGAAUCUGAUAAAGCAGACCAGGAAGCCAUGUUGAACAACAUGAGAGUCUAUGGAACAUGCAUCAUUGCCAUAAUGGCCAUAGUGGUGUUUGUUGGUGUUAAAUAUGUCAACAAGCUUGCUCUUGUGUUCCUUUCCUGUGUGAUCCUCUCUAUUAUGGCUAUUUACGCAGGGGUUAUCAAAUCCGCAUUUGAGCCUCCAAAUUUUCCUAUUUGCCUUCUUGGAAAUCGUACAUUGUCAAUGAAAAAAGAUGAUGUUUGUGCCAAAUUUCUUAUUGUAAAUAAUGAAUCAGUGCCAACAAACAUGUGGAACAGAUUCUGUUCAGACAGUAACUACACUAUUUGUGAUGAGUACUUUAAGGAAAAUAAUGUUACUGAAAUCCAAGGAAUUCCAGGAGUUGCUAGUGGCGUUAUUGCUGAGAAUCUUUGGAGUUUUUAUAGUGCACAAUCAUCAAUUAUUGAAAAAAGUCAACCUUCAGUUGCUGUAAUGCAGGAGGAAUACAAACCAUUUCUUCAGCCUUAUGUGUUGACAGACAUCAUGUCCUACUUCACAUUGCUUGUAGGAAUAUACUUUCCAUCUGUAACAGGUAUCAUGGCUGGAUCCAACAGAUCUGGGGACCUAAAGGAUGCUCAGAAGUCUAUCCCAACUGGAACCAUUUUGGCUAUUGCAACAACAUCAUUUAUAUAUCUUUCCUGCGUAGUUCUGUUUGGUGCCUGUAUUGAAGGUGUACUUUUACGAGACAAAUUUGGUGCAGCAGUUAGUGGUCAGUUGGUGAUUGGUAUUUUAGCGUGGCCAUCUCCGUGGGUCAUUGUUAUUGGUUCAUUCUUUUCCACCUGUGGUGCUGGUCUUCAGAGUUUGACUGGUGCCCCACGCCUGCUGCAGGCUAUUGCUAGAGAUGGAAUAGUGCCUUUCCUUCAGGUUUUUGGUCACGGAAAAGCAAAUGGCGAACCAACAUGGGCUUUGCUGUUGACAGCUGGUAUAUGUGAAAUAGGAAUUCUCAUAGCUUCCUUGGAUAGUGUAGCACCAAUUCUAUCAAUGUUUUUCCUGAUGUGCUAUAUGUUUGUGAACUUAGCCUGCGCGUUGCAGACAUUGUUACGCACUCCAAAUUGGAGACCUAGAUUUAAAUACUAUCACUGGACUCUUUCUUUCUUGGGAAUGAGCUUAUGCCUUGCUUUGAUGUUUAUUUGUUCCUGGUACUAUGCAUUAGUUGCUAUGCUGAUCGCAGGCUGUAUUUAUAAGUAUAUUGAAUACAGAGGGGCUGAAAAAGAGUGGGGAGAUGGAAUCAGAGGUUUGUCAUUAAAUGCAGCUCGCUAUGCCUUGCUUAGAGUUGAGCAUGGCACGACUCAUACUAAAAACUGGAGACCUCAAGUUCUUGUGUUAUUGAAACUUGAUUCUGAGCAGAGUGUAAAACACCCCAGACUGCUGUCACUCACAUCUCAACUCAAGGCUGGUAAAGGGCUGACAAUUGUGGGAUCUGUACUCCAAGGAACCUAUCUGGAUAAACACAUAGAUGCACAGAGAGGAGAAGAGAAUAUUAAAGCUUUGAUGACUGCUGAGAAGACAAAGGGAUUUUGUCAGCUAGUUGUUUCAUCAAGCAUACGAGAUGGAAUGUCACACUUGAUACAGUCAGCUGGUCUAGGUGGAAUGAAGCAUAACACGGUCUUAAUGGCCUGGCCCAACUCUUGGAAGCAGCCAAAUAAUCCAUACAACUGGAAAAACUUUGUUGAUACAGUGCGAGAUGCAACAACCGCACAGCAAGCUUUGUUAGUAGCCAAGAACAUUGACUUAUUUCCUUCCAAUCAAGAACGAUUCGGUGAAGGGAAUAUUGAUGUCUGGUGGAUUGUUCAUGAUGGUGGGAUGUUAAUGUUAUUACCUUUCCUACUGCGCCAACAUAAGGUUUGGAGGAAAUGCAAAAUGCGCAUUUUUACUGUAGCUCAAAUGGAUGACAACAGUAUUCAGAUGAAAAAGGAUCUUCAGAUGUUUUUAUAUCACCUUCGUCUAAAUGCUGAAGUUGAAGUGGUUGAAAUGUUUGAAAAUGAUAUUUCAGCUUUUACCUAUGAGAAGACUUUGAUGAUGGAACAACGAUCUCAAAUGCUUAAGCAAAUGCAACUUUCCAAAACUGAAAGGGAAAGAGAGGCUCAGCAUAUACAUGACAGAAAUACUGCAUCUCAUUCAGCAGUGGUUGCUAAAUUGAAUGCAGCUACCCCAGAGAGAGUGCAAAUGACAUGGACUAAAGAAAAACUUAUAGCAGAAAAGCACAAGAUAAAGGAUCUGAACGCAGGAGGCUUCAGGGAUAUCUUCAACAUGAAACCAAACCAGUCAAAUGUAAGAAGAAUGCACACUGCAGUGAAGCUGAACGAAGUUGUGCGAAAUAGAUCACAACACGCUCAAUUGGUUUUACUAAACAUGCCUGGCCCACCAAAGAACCGACAUGGAGAUGAAAACUACAUGGAAUUUCUGGAGGUUUUGACUGAAGGUUUAAACAAAGUGCUGCUAGUUCGUGGUGGUGGUAGAGAAGUGAUCACCAUUUAUUCCUAGGAAUAAUGUAAAGAAGCUGUAUAAGAGCAAUCAUGGAGAAUCACACAGUCAACAGACAGAAGAUAAAUAAAAUGUUCCUGCGUACUUGAAGUUGUUAUCAGCGAAUCAUAGGAAGAAGACUUAUUCUUGGUUCAUACACUACACCUGCACUUGUUCACAUUUAAAUUCUUUAUUUUUGUUCAUUUUAUUUGUUAGGCUUUUAAUAAUGUUGCCCUAUUAUUAUGCAUUAUACAUAUAAAAACAUUUUGAAAGGAAAAACAAUUAUUAUGCUUUCAAAACCAAUAACAUUUAAAGAACAGUGGAACUCCAGCAAAAUAUUAUCUAUUGUUUACUGACAAUUUAACCUUACUAAAAUUGAACUGCAAGAAUUUUGUUUUAUUUAAAUAAGAUUUUUUUUAUUAUUAUUUGCGUCUAAUUUAAAAAAAAGGUUAGAGGAAGUAUUAUAGGAAUGUUUCGCUUCUUUGUAGAUCCAAGGCUGCUUAUAAAAAUUAAGCAGUAUCGGAAAAUGUAUUUAUUUUUCAAUUUUAGUAUGUUUUAUGUUGCUAGUAUCUAUAUUAAGCUGGAAUGGAACUGGAACACCAUCGUUAUUGGAUUUUGAUAUAUGUUAACCAAGGUGCAAUAUUGUGUUCUUUUAUUAUAGUUUACUUUUAUAUAUUUAAAUACAAAUAAAUUACUUUUAAUGUUA